CUCUAUACCCAUUAUAUACACCCCUUGCACUCACACACACUACACACACUCUAUACCCCUUUAAAUACACACACUACGGGGGCGGGGCCGGGCCGCCGAGCUGGAUGGUCGCAGGCAAGACCAGCUCCUACACCGUUCCAACGUUAAAGCUUUUAAAACAUGACUUUUGAACUAAAAGCAGACCAACAGCAAUGAUCCUCAGUGCAAAGGGAACACUGGAUCCAGGGAGAGGCUGGCUCCUCAAGUUUCAGUCCCCUGGAGGAGAAAUCUUCGAUGUCCCAGUUGGGGCCUUCUCCGGCGGUGAGUGGGGCAGACGGCCGCUGCCCCGCUAUCCUGCCUAACAGAACCCAGCCAGAGGACCAAACCCGCGUGACCCUGGCCCUGUUCCCCCCCCCUCUGGACCGGUGGGGGUGAUCCCGGUCCUCACCCUGUUGCCCCGACCGCGGAACUGCAGCCAAGGCGCAGCGACAACACCACCUUGAUCUGCGGCCCGAGCGCUGCAUCUAAAAUGGCGGGCGCCAUGUGCACCGAAGGCAGAGGAAAGAACUGCUCUCUCUCAGCGCUCACAAUAAGCAGCGCGACUCCCGGGCACAAGCUUGAAGGGCUUGCAGCCUUCCUACCUCGCAAUGCAAACAGACGGAAGAACUCUCACCCGUCCCCGCAACAAUCCAAGCCAGCGACAAGCUGUGAAGGCGAUCCAAUCAAGCUGAUGACAGCUGCAGCACAGAGGGGACGGAACACAGCACAACGACCAUACCCGCCAGGGACAAUCGACCCUGCCGCUAAUCGAGGUACUCCUGCAACAGGGGGUGACCCCUUUAUCACCUUACACCCAUCUUGUAUUGCGACGGCCCCAAAAAUCCAGCGUGGAAGUCAGUGGCAAGUUUUAUUGGAUAAAAUCUAGCUCCCUGCCUUGGUGGACACUGGUCCCCUGAAGAUCAAAUAUGGCUGGCCCAACUUACAACAGCUGCAGCCCAAGGGAACCCAGCGAGGAAUUCAGCGAAAAGUAAUGCUGGACUGUGCCCAGACUCCUGCCUCGACAGACACUCAUUUCCUGCUACACCGACACGGCAGAGCAGGCAACAGCUAAUCAUACGACUGCUCCCUUAUAUGAGGUCUCAGACCCGCCAUGGUGCCGGUUCCUGUCUUUUGCAUAAGUUCAAGCAACUUUGAUCAACCAGGGUGAUAGCUCCUCUAAAGCUCCUUACCUAGAUCCAGCAUGAUUAUAAUUUAUUUUGUAAUCUUAUGUUUUUCUAAUUUUAUAUAGCAUUCAUUAGGCAUGCGUUCAGACAGCCUGUCACCAACUAAUCUUAUACUGACACAUGUGUUUGCCUAAUAAUCUACUUGCUUAUUAUUUUACUCUGUUAACACGCAUGUCUCACCAGCUUGUUUUAUACUCACUUACAGGUCUAAGUAACUCACAUCGACCACAUCUUAUGUUUUGCUAUAUAGACAUGUUUGACUACGCUGUGACCUAGCUACUUAACUUAAAAAAAAAUGUGUGCAGUGACCUUCUAUGCCUUAUAUUUAUGUAUGUAUUUUACUAAUCUUGUACCUGCUGUUGGGGCAUGGCAAGAGCUUGUGAUAACUAUUUGCACCGCAAAAAUAAAGAAUUUUAAAAAAAAAAAAAAAUACACACACUACACACCCUUCACUUACAUACACACAGUACACAAACUCUAUACCCCCUUUUGACGAAGUGCCCUUCGCCACUUGUGCCUGGAGAG